AUGCUUGCUCAGGUGGCCCGACUUUCCAGGCACGCUGUAGCACAACUGGUCGAGUGCCGUCCCCUCUCACCCCGAGUACUCGUCUCAGGACGACAACGACCUCCAAGAUGGCGACCUUGCAGCCUCGACUUACGUAACUUUUCAAGCUCGACGACACUCUCCCGUCGCUACCUCAUCUCCGAAGGCCGUACUACGCUCCAUAAAUCAGACCAAGACUCCAGUCCAGCAACCUCAGACACCCACCAGCCGUCCUCGCCCUACUAUCUUGAGACCGGCUACUCCAUCUUUGCGAAAAGACCCUCCCGCCCGUUCCCACCUCCGUUCGUCUCUCUGCCCUCCGGCUCCUUUUCUGACCCGCUCACAACACACAAUCCCUCCUCCAUCCCUCGCAACGCUCGUCGACCCAAGGUGAACGGCCAACCAAUUCGGGGAAUCACAAACGGUGACGAUGCAAUCGUUAUCGGCGCAGACCAGAGGUUCAUCGCCGUAAACGACGGAGUCGGCGCCUGGGCACAGAAGGAACGCGGCCACGCGGCGCUGUGGUCGAGGCUGAUAGCGCAUUUCUGGGACGUCGAAGUCGAGAAGUCGUUGGUGCAGGGCGGAGAUGCGAACGCUCACGAGGUCGAUCCUGUGAAGAGCUUGGAGACAGCGUAUGAUGCCACCAAGAAAGCCACGGAAGGCACAUUCAAAAAGGAUCCCGACCAGGAAGUCUACUCGGAAGCGGACGAAGGUGAAAGCGACGCCAACGACGGCUCGUCCCCAGGCGGCACGCCCUCGACGUCGUCGUCAUCCAAACAGUCCGCUGAGGCAAAGGAGUCUUCCAAGAACGACAUCCUCGGCACGACCACCGCCUCGUCCGCUCUGCUUUACCACAAACAAGAUUCCUCGGGAUCCACGCCAGUGAUCCUCGCCACCACGCUGGGAGACUGUAAAGUCCUUGUGAUCCGCCCAUCGCCGUCUGCAAACCCCUCUCCUUCAUCCCCUUCAUCGUCAAAGUCAGCCUCUUCCUCGAGCUCUGACUCGGACUCGGACUCCGAGACCAGUGGCGGGACGAUCCUCUACCACUCCAAAGAACAGUGGCACUGGUUCGAUUGUCCCCGCCAACUAGGCACAAACUCGCCCGACACACCCACGGGCAACGCAGUCUGCGACACCAUCAAAGACAUCCAAGUCGGCGAUGUCGUCGCCGUCCUGAGUGAUGGCGUGACGGAUAAUCUGUGGGAGCAUGAAAUCUGCGAGAACAUUUGUGAGAGUCUCCGCCAGUGGCACGAUGCUGCGGCUUCGUCAGAUCCCCACGACGGCGCGAAACCAAAGCAAAACGGCUAUGGGAAAGACGACGGAGACGCCAAGGACGGCGUCGUAUACGUGGCGCGAAGGUUGAUGAACGCGGCGAGAGAAAUCGCCAUGGAUCCCAACGCCGAGAGUCCGUACAUGGAACGCGCCUUUGACGAGGGUAUUGCCGCCGAGGGAGGCAAGUUGGAUGAUAUUAGCGUUGUUGUUGGGAUUGUGAGGAAGCGGGAGUCGGCGAAUGAGUGA